AUGUCUGUUUUUAUUAUUAAAUUACACUUUGAUAAACAGGCUGAUGAAAUAGAAAAAUUGUCAAUUUCUGAAAUUAAUACAAGUACUGGAAAUUCUAGACAAGGAGGUAAAUCUAGAGAUUCAGUAUGUAAUUAUUUUAAUGCAACAGAAAUUACACAUGAUCCUCACCUGUCAGCACAAAAUCUACAUUCUUAUUCUGACAGUGAUAGAAUAGAUGCACAAAAAUUUCAAGAGCAAAUCAAGAAAUGUGGUUAUGAACCUCCAAAACAUACCAUCUUGUCUAAUCAUCUGUUAGAUUUUGAGAUUGCCAAUAUAGACCUUAAAGAUAGAAAAAGAGCCAUACCAUACCAAUAUAAACUCAUAGAAGAAAUAGAAAAAUUAAACUUCAUUGACAUAUAUGAUAUCUGUAAUGGAAUAAAAUCACCAACUUAUAAGAGUAGAAGAGACGCCUCAAGAAUUGGUCUUCGUUGGAUAUCCAAUAACUUGAUCAGUGGUCUUUUGUAUUACAGAAAUAUCCUACGCAACC